CGUAAAGCGCACUACGUUGCUCCGCAAAUCACCCCCGGGGCCGGAUGGAGUCGCUGCAAUCAGCUGUGCGUUAUAUGUUGUUAUGAUAAAACAAGUAAUGAAAGGCAAAAACACAUAGUUAAAAAAAAUGGAGGGGAUGCUGCAUAAAUGGACGAACUACAUUAGUGGUUGGCAGCCUCGUUGGUUUGUGCUUGAUGGAGGAACUUUGUCUUACUAUGACUCUCAAGAAGAUGCGUGGAAAGGUUGCAAGGGCAGCAUUAAGAUUUCCGUUUGUGAAAUCCAAGUUCAUUCCUCUGACUCCACGCGAGUUAACCUGACUAUACCAGGAGAGCAGUACUUUUACCUCAGAGCCAUCAAUGCAGCAGAGAGGCAGAAAUGGCUGGUGGCACUGGGAACAGCCAAAGCUUGCCUUACAGACAACCGAACAAAAAGAGAAAAAGAGCUCCAGGAGAACACAGAGGCGUUGAAAACUAAGAUGUCAGAACUCAGAUUGUACUGUGACCUUCUUCUCCAACAAGUAAACAAGAUCAAGGAGGAUGAUGAGCUAGGAGACUCAGCGGAGACAGGAAUAGACACUGGAAACAUGGUGAAGUCUACAUGCACCACAUUCCUCAAGACUCUAGAGGAAUGCAUGCAGAUAGCAAACCACACUUUUAGCACAGAUAUGGCAACACAGAGUCCACCAGGAUCUCCUCCAGUAGCCACCAUCAAACCGCAGAAGAUUAAACCUGUCAAUCAUUCAAAACAGAACCUUGGAGAAAAAUGGAAAGAUUUGGCUGAAACCUCAGGAGAAGUAAUUGCACAUGACAACCAGAGCCUUGACUCUGGAGCAGAAGAGCCAGAUAGACCAGAGCAUCAUCAUUCCCCAUCAGAUAUUGAUGCCGCCAACGGCAACAGGUCAGUCCACGAGGAGGGAGUUGAUCCUACUUUACACACUACCCAGAAUACCUCUGAGACUGAACACUACGAACAGCCAGCAGAGGGGGACGAGGAAAAUGAAGACGACGAUCAAAAGGAGAAAAAUCAAGAGCAGCUGCACAACGUGGACCAAAGUCAAGAAGAGCAUGACAACAACAACAAGGAAGCUAAAGCCGUCCAGCCUCAGCACCAACAGGAAGCUGUUCCAGACCAAGAAGAGGCUCAACAGGAAGGUGAAACUUCCAGAGAUUCACCAGAGCCAGAAGACACCGAGCAGGUGGAAACUUUCUUCAGCACAAUGAGUCACAGAUUUAGUGAUAUAAGACUGGACGACGACAAUGGUAUCCCUACACAAGAGUUUUUGGACUCAUGCUAUGCAAUAGUACCUGUAUUAGACAAGCUGGGGUCCACAGUGUUUGCACCAGUUAAAAUGGAUUUUGUUGGAAAUAUCAAGAAAAUUCAUCAGAAGCUGAUGUCAGACCCCGACAGCUUCCCCACCCUUCAGUCCAUCGUGCUGUAUGAAGUCCAGACCGAUGUUUCCCGGGCACGUAACUCUGCCACCGAGGCUCUGAUGUGGCUCAGACGAGGCCUGAAGUUCCUCAAGGAGUUCCUGUCAGAGGUCAAUGCAGGAGAACAAGACAUCCAGGGAGCACUAAAUAAUGCCUACGGAAAGACCCUCCGUCAGUACCACGGAUGGGUUGUGCGAGGCGUUUUUGCUUUGGCGCUGAGAGCGGCACCAUCUUAUAAAAGUUUCGCAGCUGCCUUAGUGUCAACAGAGGGCGACGAGCUGCAGGAAAGCUUCACCAGCGGCAUGCACAGGGACCUGGGAGUGUACCUGCCCGCCAUGGAGAACCAGCUGGCCAUCCUAGAUGGCCUGUAUGAAGAAUACAACCUGGAGUCUGAUGAAGUAGUGUGAAACUUGAACCAGGAGAGGAUCCGCAUUCAAGGAAGGACAGAACCUGACUGCUGAAGGAUCGUGCCAGAUGCAUCAAGUGCAUCUUGUGUACAAAAUGUAGUGAGCAUGUCCCGUGUCAGUGUGAGGUGUUUCCAGCGGUUGUAAAUCUCUACAACAGUAGAGGGUCUUGGUUUGAAGAAGGUAUUAACGGCCGUAUUUAGGAGCAAGCAUUAACAAUUGAGACAUUAUGGUUUGAUAAACUGUAGUUUCUCGGUCUUGUUUAAGAGACUCCAACCAUAAUGAUUCAUGGUGACAUUUGUUUCUGGUGCAAAUUGUGUGGCUGUACUGUGGCUUUUUAUGUACAGAUACAUAACCACAAGGUAUUUGGCUCUAGUAACUUUCUUGGGAGAUCAUUUGUAAUUUCCCUUAAACUGAUGAGAACGCAAAGACAUUUUUAAUCAAGAUUGUCCUGUUCCCUUGGAUUCAUUACACAGGGUGAUACUUGCAACUAACACAAAGUACUUGUUUGACAAAAACAAAUGUCAGAUUGUUCCAAUGCCCAAUAUAUACAUAUAUGCCUUAAGUAUGUGAUGGGAUUGCAAACUGGGCUGACUUUUAAUGUAUUAGGUAAAAAGUUAGUUUUGCACUGAAUGUCGAAGUAUAGGGCAUUAUGAUCAAAUUUGGGUUUUUUUUUUUGUUUUUCUUUCCCUGAAAUGUUAAUAUAAACCCUGCAGGUUGACAGUGUAUCACCUUUGUGUUAUGAGCUAUUGCUCCAGAGACUUUCCAUGGGACCAAAAGGAGCUGUCAUCAUCUUUAGCCUUUGAUGCACAACACACAAGAAUGAAAUGAUACAGUGUAGCUGUUUGAAGUACUGACAACUGCUCCAUACUUUUGUGGACAUCCUCUGCACAAACCUAUGCAUAGAAUGCAUUUUCACAAUGUCUAUUUAUUACGUCCUAAAUUAUAAAGUUCACCUUGAUGUCAUGGGGAUCAUUGUAGUUCAGCUCUUGUGUGAAUGUAUGGGCAUUGGUAUUCACAGAGCAUGUUAAUUUAUUGUGGGGGUUUAUGUAUUAAGUAACAUAGGUGCCAAUAGAAACUGAAUAUAGGCCAGAGACUUGAAUUGACCAAGUUAUUGAAUAAUCCUGAAGAGGGUUGAUGAAAAGCUUAAUACAUUGCUUUCCUUCAUCUCUGUACUGAAAAUGAACAGUAACACUCAGCUGGUCUAUGCUUCAGAUUUCUUCAUCUCAUCCAUGCACUGUUCUGCAUAUACUUGAGUGUUGUUACUAGCCAUGCUUCAUAAUUUAUGAUGUCUAUUCAACAUUUAAAAAAUGAGUGGCAAGACUCCAACCUGCCAGCUAGGUUAAAGAUUGUCCAUUGUGUCAAACAAAGCAGGAACAUCCUCAUAGGGCUUCUUUUUGUUUUUUUACCAAGUCAUACCGCAUAGUAUUUUUUAUUUUACUCUAACUUCUCGUCUGUGUUUUCAGGAAUGCAUACAGUAAUACUUAUUGAAGUAAGUCAUUUGCAGUAGGUUUACAUCACAGAUGUGCAAUGGACUGAUUUCCUGUUAAUAAAUAAAUCCCAAUGUUAUUCCAUUGUAAUAAUGCAAACGUUUGAUUUGGUUUUCUAUUACUGUAUAUAAGAUGCUAUUUGAUUUUUACAUAAU